AUGCACGACCGUCGCAGCAGUAGCAGUAGUACCGACCUCGAUCUGACGUACAUGCCGUACCACGAAGGUCUCCUGAACCACAACGCGCCCCCUGUGCGUGGCAGUCUCUCUGUGCGCGUCCCUAGUCGACAACAACAUCAACUGCACCCAUUGCACGACUUGCAACAGUCGCCGUUCUACGGCGACAGUGACGAUGACGACGUGUCGGACGACCCGGCAUGGAUGAACGCACCUCGAGGUAGUUUACAGCCUGCCUUCUCGUCCAGCAUGAUGAAAAAGGCGUCCAGUGUGUCCGUCACGGACUCCCAGACGUCGAGUCUCGCGUCCGUAAGCACCGACCGCAUCGGUAGUGCUGGAGAGGACGACGAGCAGGAAAAGCUACAGUCGACAGACGGCGAAGACGGUGAGCAUGACGACGGUGAAGAUGAAGAAGAUGAUGAUGAUGAUGUCUUGCCAUCUAGAGUCGUGUCCACGAUGCAGUCACCGACUUGUCGUGAAGCUCCUUUGCAAUGCAAGAACUCGGCAUCCACUAGCAGCGGACGCAGCUUGAACAAUGCCGACGGUACGUCGAUGACGGGUGUCGAGCUGGACAAGUGCACGACCGUAUCAACGGACAACAUUCCAGUUGAUGCCACGACCGCAGACACGAAGGUGGUACCAAGCAAUUCGACGGACACAUCGGAGACUGAUCAGGAGACGAAGGUGUCGGACUCGUCGAGUGACGGGGACCUCCCUCCUUCCUUAGGUCUUGCAGAUGGCAGCGACCGCUUCCGUGAAAGCCUGAUGCGCUACCGUCCUAGCAACCUGAAGCCGCAGGAUGUUCGGACGGCCCUGCUGUCGCGUGAUAGCUUGGCCCCUGAAAACUUUGAACUGACUGGCUGCUCCACGGACUUGUGUCGUGGCAGCAACAUGGGCUCCAGCGUUGAACUCGCUGCUAGGGACGGUCGAACGAGCGACGGGGUCGAGCGAAGUCCCAUCGUGGACUUGAUGGCGAGCACCCGCAUCACGAACUGCAUGAACAAGCGCGACUCGGUCAAGCACUUUGGUCCGCGCGUGACGGAAGAAGGUCUCUCUGAUUACCUGCGUGCCGCCAAGUCCGGCAAUCUCCCGUUGCUCCGCAAUUGCUUGCAAGAACGGAGCACCAACUUGGCCGAGCGCGACCCAGUGCACGGCCAGUCUGCCAUGCACCUCGCAGUGCGCUUUGGCCAGCUCCAUGCUGUGCAGUUGUUGUGUGGGAAGAAGACCCGCAGUCUCUUGAUCGAUGCUGUGGACACCCGACAAAACACGCCGCUGCACCUGGCAGCGGCCAAGUCGCGUCGCAUUACCAAGUACCUCCUGGAACAUGGCGCCGACGCCUCGCGCGUGAACAACCGGAACCAGACGGCGCUUGCAGUCCAGAUCAUCACGACCAAGCGCGACGAUCCGCUUAUUGCCGAGAUGUUACUGCAGCACAAGACGGACCCGAACAGUCCGCUUGGCAACAGCACGCUCUUGCACAAGGCAGUGGAUCUAAAGCUGUUUGAGAUUGCCUACCGUCUCGUGCGCCACGGCGCUCGCCUCGAUGCCAAGGACGCUCAAGGACGCACGGUCUUUGAAAAGGCCGAGCCGACGAUCCUCCGCCAGCUCUGUGGCAAAAUCGCGUACCCGCCUGUGUGGAUCCCGAACGUGGCCCGCAAGAGCUGCAUGAGCUGUGAGCGGCACUUCAGCCACCUGAACAUUGGCGUUCGUCGUCACCAUUGCCGUCAUUGCGGCCGUCUCGUUUGUGGACGCUGCUCGCACGUGUCGGUGGAGAGCGAGGCGUUCCCGAGAACGUUCAUUGGGCACAUUGACCGGACCAUGUCCGAAGAACGCUCGACGCUCAAGCGCGUGUGCACUACUUGCAGUAGCGUUUUCGACGAGCGUGCAAGGCAGGGAAAGGAAGGCUGCGGUGAUAGCAGUGGGAGGUGGUCGGACGCCUUCAUGGAAAGAGUUGUGGGCUGUGCGUGGGACGAGAUUGAGCGCAAGGGCAGCAGCAGCAGCAGCAGCGGCAACAGUCCCGGCUCAAGUCGUCUGCGUGGGUCUCUUGCGACCUAG